CCUUCCUCUCUCCCUGUGGAAAGCUAACAGCUCCCUCCCUCUCUCCUCUCCCAGACGUAGUGAAAUCGCCUGUCUCGAGCGAGGAAUCCGCGGGGCAGCCUUCCACGUCGACCCGAAGCCCGGAGAGGAAGAAGAAGAGAAAAGCCUACGAGGUUGAUAAGCCUUUUCAGGAUCCGGAGCGCGAGCGGAGGAGAGUGAAUGCGAUCACAGCCAAGAAGAACAGGGAAAAGAAGAAGAUGGAAAUUAACAGACUCCGCGGAGACGUCCGGAACCUUAGUCACGUGAACCGCCAGUGCAACAAGGCGCUGAGGCGAACGAACGCGGACAUCCAAAAGCUCUUUGGGCAGCUGGCGUCUUCGAGGAAGCUCGUCGCCUCCCUGCAGGAAAAGAUCGACCAGAAGGAGAAGGAGCUGCGAGGCCGCCGGGAGAAGUUCCUGCUGUUCCGCGGCCACCUCGAGCUCAUCGUCAACAGCCUCGACGACGACAACCCGGCCAGGAAGCUGAUCGCUAACCUACUGAAGACGUUGCCGGCGGAAGCUGAUGCCGUCUGAGAGUCUUUCCCAUUAUCACGAUGCCAUCUUUCGAAAUGCCCUUAGUAUGGGUAUUAUGCUCGGGUACUGAUUCUCGACAUCGAUUCUUUCGACGUAGCGGAGGGUAUCUGCUUCUUUACCUUACUUCUUUUGCUAUGGCUGCGGCUGUCAUUCGCGUGGCCAGGCUCGAGGGGGAAGCGGAUUCUCUUCGUUAGACAUCUUGGACACCGAGGGUGACAGUCUAAGG